AUGUCCACGGCUUUCUCUAGAGCGUCUUCUUUCGCUCCCCCCAACUCCUUUGCCCCUCCAUCGAGACAAAGUAGCGGGCUGAAGACUGGGCGGCCAGCCACAACCGCCACGAGCGUUGCAUCACAGGAUAUCAUCUGUGCUCUCAGUGAGUCUCGUGGGGUCUCAUCUACGGUUGGACUGGCAUUUGUGAAUCUGUCGACGGCGGAAGCUGUCUUAUGCCAAAUAUGUGACAGUCAGACCUAUGCCAAAACCGUUACCAAGAUUAGCGUUUUUGAGCCCACCGAGAUUCUAUUCAUGAAUACUGUCCGGGAAUCCAAGCUUCCUCAUAUAGUCCAAGCUAAUAUACCUGACACUACUUUCACCUUUGUUGACCGUAAGUAUUGGGCGGAGAAGACUGGAUACGCGUAUGUGGAGCGUUUGGGCUUUGCCGAGGACGUUGAAUCCAUCAAGAUCACUUUGGGGGGGAACUAUUUUGCGACUUGUUGUUUUGCAGCUGUGCUGAAAUAUGUCGAAGUUGAGCUGAACAGGCUCUUCACUUCCCAUUCUCUCCGCAUCAGAUUCGAGCCUUCGCAAGGGUCGAUGUCAAUUGACCUCUCAACUAUAAUUUCUCUGGAGUUGAUACAGAAUCUUUGCAAUGUCAAAUCAAAUGAGAGUCUUUUUGGCCUACUAAAUGAGACCCUGACACCAAUGGGGGCACGACUGUUAAGAGCCAAUAUUCUUCAGCCAUCGACCGAGGCAUCCAAGUUGAUCGGACGAUAUGAAGCAGUUGAGGACUUAUCGACCAAGGAAGAGAUGUUCUUCUCUGUUCGACAAUCUCUGAAGGGGUUCGUAGACGCAGACAAGGUCUUGACAUCGCUUAUCCUUGUCCCUACCAAACGAACAUUUCAAUUUGUCGAACAAUCUGUCAACCACGUUAUUAUGCUAAAGACAUACGUUUCUGCGAUAAACUCAGUGUACAAAGCACUCGCAACCGCCCAAAGCAGCCUUCUGUUGACGAUCAGAGAGAUAUGUGCUCCAGCAGGACACUGUACGAUUGAACAACUGAUAGAAUCAACUUUGAAUGAGCAUGUAACAUACCAGACUAAACCACUCGACCUACGAAACCAACGGAUAUACUGUGUCAAGGUUGGAGUAAACAGUCUACUCGAUGUUGCGAGGCAGACCUACAAGGAGGCAAACAUCGACGCUGCAGAACUUGUGGCGAAGCUAUCAGAAACACACGACUUAGGACUUGACUUGAAAUACGAUCCCGCGCGCCAGUACUAUAUCAGCGUACCGGCUACAGAAACAAGGCCCCUACCCGAUGUGUUCAUUAAUGUUUACCGUAAGAAGAACCGCAUCGAGUGUCAGACCCUCGACCUAGUCAAACUCAACCAGAAGAUAACAGACGCUCAUAAUGAAGUGAUCAGUCUCAGUGACAAAACAAUUCAAGAGCUCAUUCAGAAUGUCUGCGCUGAAAUAUCGGUUUUGUUCAAAGUAAGCGAGGCCAUCUCAAUGCUAGACAUGCUUACUGCCUUCGCCCAGCUGGCUACAACAAAUGAAUACGUACGACCAGAACUCACUGAGGCCCUAGCCAUUAAGUCUGGGCGACACCCCAUCAGAGAGAAAAUACACACUAAGAAAUUCAUCCCCAACGAUGCUUAUGCAACGAGCCAAACCCGCUUCCAAAUCAUCACAGGCUGCAACAUGAGCGGCAAAUCCACCUACAUCCGCUCCCUCGCCCUUAUGACCAUCAUGGCCCAAAUCGGCUCCUUCAUCCCAGCAGAGUACGCCUCGUUCCCCAUAACUCACCAGCUCUUCGCCCGCGUGUCCACAGCCGACGACAUGGAAGCAAACGUGUCCACUUUUGCCGCCGAAAUGCGCGAUAUGGCCUUCAUUCUCCACAACAUUAGCCCACGCAGCAUGGUGAUAAUCGACGAACUCGGCCGUGGUACAUCUACGACAGAUGGGCUCGCCAUCGCCCUCGCCAUCGCAGAAGCCCUAGUCCAAUCCAAUGCCCUAGUUUGGUUCGUCACGCAUUUCCACGAUCUAUCCACCAUAAUUGCCGAACGCAGCGGCGUUGUAUCCCUGCACCUCGCGUCUGAAAUAUCACCUGACGCCUCCAAAAUGACAAUGUAUUACAAAAUCACGGAGGGCCCAAACAAAACGCAAUUAUACGGCCUCGCACUCGCGAAAUUGGUUGAUUUCCCCCCUGGGGUCUUGGAAACAGCGCACGACGUUUCGGAGGAACUUAAUUGUCUCUCGCUGCGCCGUCACAGCCAGACGAAGGCUUUGGCUAUUGCUCGCAAACGGAAACUCAUACUCUCAUUGCGCGAGGAGCUUAUCCAUGCUCGGAAUGGGAAUAUGGAGGGCCAGGCCCUUCGACGAUGGUUGAAGAAGUUGCAGGAUGAGUUUAUGCUGCAGAUGGCUGCUGCCGAUGAGGAUAUUGCUGGCUUUGACGAGCGUGGAGUUGAUGAUGACCAUAGUAACGGAGGUUCCAAUGAAACCAUUAACGCUAGUAUCGAACAAGGGAGUGAGUAUAGCUCGGAGCAACAACUUCUUGAAGCUUCGGAUUCAGAAAUCUCGCAGCCUCCCACGGCGUUUGUGUCGACUGCAGAAUGGCCGCCGACGGAGAUGUCUUCGAGAGAGACCUUUGGGAAUGGAAGUAGAGAGUUUCGUAGCCCUGAGGAGAUAUAUUAUAUGGAUGUGGAGGGGUAG